AUGGCGGCCUCAACCUCUGCUUACCAGAAGCUCCUAAGCGUUGGUACUAAGAUCGUCGCCGUCGGCCGCAACUACGCCGCUCACGCCAAGGAACUCGGCAACGCCGUCCCCAAGGAACCGGUGUUGUUUCUGAAGCCGACGUCGUCGUAUUUGGAAAAUGGAGGCACGAUCGAAAUUCCGCAUCCCUUGGAAUCGCUCGAUCAUGAGGUGGAGCUUGCCGUUGUGAUCGGUCAAAAAGCUCGCGAUGUUCCUGAGGCCACUGCUAUGGAUUAUGUUGGAGGUUAUGCACUUGCACUGGAUAUGACUGCAAGGGAAAUCCAGUCUUCUGCCAAGUCUGCAGGUCUUCCAUGGACUGUAGCUAAAGGACAGGAUACCUUCACACCAAUCAGUUCUGUUCUGUCCCCGGCGAUGGUGCCAGACCCUCACAACUUGGAAUUGUGGUUAAAGGUGGAUGGAGAAAUUCGGCAACAAGGGCCAACCUGUGACAUGAUUUUUAAGAUCCCAUUUCUUAUCAGCCACAUAAGUUCUAUCAUGACGCUUCUUGAAGGAGAUGUUAUUCUAACAGGCACUCCUCAAGGUGUUGGCCCUGUUAAAACAGGUCAAAAGAUAGACGCUGGUAUAACAGGUCUCUUGGAUGUGCAUUUCAAUGUUGAAAAACGCCAAAGACCCAAAAGUUGCUGA